AUGAAGAAGAUCGAAAAUAUAAAAUGUAAGGAUUGGAAACAGAUUUUAAAACACGACAGUGAAGCGAUCAAUAAUGAAGUUGUGUCUUACUUACCAAACAAUGAAAAUUCACAAUGUUCGGCAAAGGGUAAUAAUUUUAAGCUUCAAAUUAAACCUUUUAGACAGUCAAACUCAUUUGACAAUAAAAAAAUAUAUGAUAGACAUGAACUUAAUACAGUUGUGCGCAAUGGCGAAGAUUUAGAUCUUACUAAUGCCGUUGAAAAGCAAAGCGAAAAUUGCGAACAAAUAACGACUGAUAUUAAUAAUUAUUUUAAUAAUGAUUUAGAUAUUAAUUACAAUAUUAAAGAACAAAAGAAUGGUGAUGUUGAUGAUAAGAAAUCAAGUUCUGUUAACGAAAUAAAUGAAUUUCGUACUGACUUAGAAUCACUUUUAAUAAUGAUGGCAAUUAAUUCUAAAACUGACAAUAAUGACGAUCAUAACAAAAUUGAAGCGGAUUAUCUUUAUGAUAAAGAAACAACUAUUAAAAAUAAAUGUGAUGAAGACUAUGUGCAUAAAAAAGUAAUUGCGAAAAAAGAAAAUAGCGAAAUGUCGGAUCUUUUAUGUAUUGUACCAAUAAGAACGAAUAUCCAAAAAAGAUUUAAUUAUAUAUGUAGAAAAUAUGUUAAGAAAUGGAAGGAUCAUGUAGAAAAAAAGAAACAAAUUAGACAAAGAGAAACUUCCAUUACUAACUUUUUUGAUAAACUUGCAAAGAAGAAGAGUAACAUUAAUCAACCACCGCAGUCUAAAGCGAAGUUAUAUAUUCGGGAUUACAAUACAUAUCAACACAGGUAUGAAAUAGUACGAGUGUAUAUUAAAUCGCUUGAUACGAUGCGAGAAGAAGUCUGUAAAACUUACUAUCAAAUGGAUCGACAGCUUAAACCGAAAAUCAAGUGUUUGACCAAUGAACUUAAGAUACGAGAAAUAGAAGAACCAUCACUGGUACUUCAAUGUUUAAAAGUACCACAGUUUAUACAAAGAAUGGAGAAACGAGCAAGGGAGCGCGAAGAAAAACAUGCAAUGAUUCGUGAAAGACGCCGACAAAUGGAAGAAGAGCGAAUCAGGCUAAAGCAGCAGUCUGAAUUAGCCAAAGCAGAUAUGGAUAAAGAAGAGAAGCUAAAAAGAAUGAAAGAAUUAAGAGAGAAACGGAAGAGAGAAAAAAUAGAAAAUAUUAGAAAAAAACAACAUGCUGAAAGAAUGAGAGCGCUUGCAGUUCUUGCAGAUUUACAUUAUGAAAAGAAAAUUAUGGCGAAAUACGGAAUAAAUCCGUUACGACGGGUAUUGAAUAUCAAGCGAGAGAAUAUGGAAAAAGCCAGAUCACAUUACGUGUUUCAAUUGAAGAAGAAUGUAUUUUUGCAUUGGAUGUGGCAUACGGAAGAUAUGUGGUUUGAAAGAAACUACAAAGCCGAAGAAUUUUAUAGAAAGAAAAUAUUGAACAGAGCUUUCGAUUGUUUAAAAAAGAACCAUCACGAAUUUAGAUUAAAAGUUCAGGUGGCUGAAGAUUAUUACGAUUUAUACAUAACACAAUUAGUAUUUCGCAAAUUCCGAGAAGGCAUUGAACUGAUGAAGCAAGAAUUUAAAAUUAAGAUGUAUAACGCUGUAUUGUAUCACAACAGCAAUCUACUGUUCAAAACGUUCACGUGCUGGAGAACGUUACCUGCUUUAAAUGCAUUAAAAAGAGAACAAGAGGUCAGAAAAUUAAGAUGGCGAGAGAAAGUAUUGCAAGUUGUGCCAGAUUAUAAACCUCCAGAUGAAUGA